AUGGUUAAUGAUAUCCUUCCAGAGGAGGCAGGCAUCUGUCUAGGAUUACAACAUCAUGGCAGUGAAAUUUUAAUGACAAAUGAUUGGAGUUGGGAACAACAAACUUUCCUUUCUGUAUGUAGUAUUAAUUUACAUUUAAUAGAUUUAACCAAUAACAAGAUUUCAAACAAAUUAUCAACAGAGUUAGACAAUUUAUAUGGAACUAGUGCUGAGAUUGAAAAAAAGACCACUCCUUCUCCCUACCCCACAACAAAACAAUUGGAACAAUUAUGUCAAAAUAUAUUUUCUUGUUUAUUUUCACAUGGAGACAUCAAGGCAAAAGAAAAGAGUCAACUCAAUAUUAACUACUCAUUCAAGGUUAUAUUUAUUACCAAGUGCGUAUCAACUCCUGGAAUAGAUAAUGAAUUGAAGAGGAAUUUUAUCUUACCCCUUGCUUCAAUUUUUGAAAAGCAAUUUGAACUUUUCAAGAAUGAAGUUAGAAAUUUCAUGUCCCAACCUUUGGACAGUGGAUCUGCUUUUACAGUUUUGGAAAAUCAAAGAAAAGCCCAACUGUAUAAACUCUUCUCCACAUUCGACGAAGAAGAACUCAGGAAGGUGACCUGUACAUUGGAUUUAAUUGAACCUUUGGUUGAAAAUUUCCUGAUAGAGGCAUGUCCCGAUAUUGACCCAAAUCAACCAUUGAAAUUCAAUUGCUCAUCCCUUACUCCAAAUCUUCCUCUCGAGUCUUUAUCAACAGAGCCAAUUUCUUCUCUAUUGAGAACAACAAGACCAGUGGAGAAUACUAGAUUUUGGCAGGUUGAACGAGAUUCAAUGGAGAGAGUUAUUAGAGAAAAAAUUGCUCAAAAGCAAUACGGACUAAUACUAAUUUCUGUUCAGGGAAUUCCAAUGAGAGAUGCUUGCUCUGAGGGUACCAACAAUUAUGAUGUCUUGUUAGCUUGUAAAGGGUUGACUGUGGAUAUUAUUCAGGAUGUGUCUGUUUCAUCGGGAUCGAUCAACUUGAGAUGGGUUAGAGCUGAUCCAAAGAGAAGCAUUGAACAUUUGUACACUACCAAAUCUGUUCAUAGAAUCACACCAAUGACUCCCUACACAUUACCAACUGUUUGUCUGAUGAGACACUUGUCAACUAAAAAACCUGUAGCACUAAUUUAUGAAUCAGAGUAUAAUCUGGCACAUAAUCAUUCACCAACACACUUGAUUUUACAACACGGUCAUGAUGUAUACUUACAUGUAUUACAUUUGAAUAAGGUCUUCCAACCUUACACUGACAUUAUUCAAAAUGAAGAAAAUAAUCUAAGGUAUAGAACUCAUGAAUUUAUUGAUAUUGUGAAUAAUCACCUCUUGAGGGUAAAUGUAAAAAGAGAUUUAGCUAGGGAAGGUACCACCAUUCAAGAAACAGAGAAAGAAAGCCUUAUCACCCUUAUGAAACAUAACAAUUGUGUGUAUAGUGUCCCAUCAAGUAUCGAAAGAGGCACCAGAUAUUUCCCACUUGCUGCAGAUGAUAGUUCUGUUCUAUUUUGUGAAAAUGCAAGAGAAAUCUAUGCAACAUUAUUUUCCAAAAUUAUUACCCCUUUAAUGGAUAUUCUUUUGAGAAAAGCUCCAGAAUAUGUCAAUGAUCAAGAUAAGAUCUAUGUAGAAAAACUAUUGGAAUCAUUGUUCGAAUUCUCGAGAGGAAAUGAUGAACAAUUAAUACCAGAAUUGAAAAACGAUCAUACCAAACGUUGGAAUUCUUAUAGAAAGAUUUGGGGAGAAUUAAGAGCAUUCUUCCUAACAAUAGGAUAUAAGGAAUUUACUGCUGUCAUGGAUAGAUUGUGGCCACAAUUCCUGUACGAUAAGCAACAACAAGGAGACGACAGCACAGGCAGAAGAGCAAAGAGAGUGGUCGAAGUUCAAAGAGACAGAUAUGGAGCUGUCAUUUUCCCAAUUCCACUAGGAGCGUUGACAGUCCUCUCGUUAGGCAAAGUAAUUUAUGAUAGACCAAAUUAUCAUACUGACAAGUAUAUUUGGCCUGUAGGAUAUAAGAGUACUCGUUAUUAUACUAGUGUAAAGGAUACCAAUAGAAGAUGUCUCUAUACUUGCGAAAUUAAGGAUGGAGGUGAGAGUCCAAUAUUUGUCCUCUCCUCUGACGAUAAUCCUAAUGAUAUUAUUGAAGCUCCAAGUGCUACAGCAGCAUGGACAGCAAUUGUAAAACAAAUCAACAAAAUCAAGAGCGAAGAAUCUGGAAAGAGAGUGUUUACUAAUGUGAGUGGACCUGAAUAUUUUGGACUGGCCCACCCAACAAUCAUGAAACUCAUUUCACAACUACCAAAUGCUGAAAAGAUUAAUCGACCAAAUUAUGCACCAAACCAACCUGUCAAGACAGAGUCAUCUAUUAAUGAUCCUAAUGCAAGCAGUGAUGAUGAGAAUAUCACACCUCCCUCUGCAAACAUGACCCCAAGCGCUUCAAGCCUUCAUCCAUCAGUAUCACAAACAAGCCUUUCCAGUCAACUUCAACAAGCAACGCCAACACUCUCAGCCUCACCUGAAACCAAUAAUGGAGAUGCACAAACACCAGAUCUUGCCAGAAAGAGAGCAAAGAGAAAUGAGCAAGUUCAUUACGAAAGAGAUACAACAAGAAGUGAAAUUCAAAAGGUUUCAUGGUUGCCAAACAUGAAUCUUGCUCAAUUCUGUGAAAAUAGAAGUAACAAGUUGGUUGCCAAACCAAUGGAUGGCGAGAAUGAGGGUGAGAAGGGUCUCUACUCUUACCUAAACCUUAAUAAUGCAAAUGACAGAUCAAGUAAUCAACAAGGUUCAUCUUCAAAUGCCAAUCAUCAACAAGGUUCCUCGAAUCAUUAUGGAUCCAAUCGAAAUAGAAAAUAUGGUCAAAAACGAAAGUUUGCACUUUAUCAAUAA